AUGGCAACGGCGGGGCGACCGCACCCGCAGCCCAAAGGGGAACUAACCCAUAACAGCAACACGCCAGCAGACAAUCCCUCCAACCCCUCCAACCCCGUCAACCCCGUCAACCCGUCGUCAGUGUCUUGUGCCCAGUGCCGCAGCCGUAAGCUGAGGGUCUCCCUCUACUUCCGAAACAUACACGGCGGUGCACCCAUGCUACACCAGGCGAGUUACACGGCAGGUCUGCGCCUCCCGCCUCAUAUGCGCCCUCCCAUGUGUCUCCAAUACAUUGUUAUGGCCUCGGCCGCGGCAACAUCCGAGACAUAUCGACAUCUGUCCGAGCCUUUCUACCAACGCUCCCGAGCCUACGCCGAGGUAGAUGAACUCAGGGGACAAGAGACUUUUGCCGCCGGCACAACAAAUGAACCCCCGAUUCCCCUAUGCAAGGGCCUCCAACAACUGGAACAAGGUCAGGACGCGCAGCCUUCCCCCCUUGCCAUCCGCAUCCUCGCCGCCAAUGAGCUGCUCCAUGCCCUCGACAACAAUCCGCGGCACUUUUUCGAGGUCGACAAUGGCGACGAAAUCCCAAAUGGGCCCUACUGGGUCCGCCACAGACAGAUCGACAUGAACCUGACCACGUUAACCAUGCUGCUCCCGGAGCGUCUGCAUUUGCACCGCGCGCCCCGCACUCUCGACGCCAUCCUCGUCCAUGCGAGCACCAACAUGGCCACGAUCCACCUCCACCGCACCGCACUAGCACUGUUGCACGAACUCCAGACCCGCUCGCCGAAGGAUGCCAGCCACCAGCUGCUGAUAGCGCAGGGCCAAACCCGCCUCCUCCCCGCGACCGAAGGCAUCUUGGCCGUGUUCCGCGCGGCGGGCGACGGCGUCGGCACCGCGAUCCGCAACCCGUUUCUGUCGUUUGCGGCGUACCUGGCCGCGUUGGUGUUUUUGGAGGAUCAUUUCCGGGAGGCCGCAGGCGAGGAGGGACGACCACGGGAGGGGCCCCUCGGGCGGAGCGAGGAGAAGCUCCGUUACUUAGCGCAGACGCUGGUCUUCUUCGGGAGAAGAGCCCGCUUGUGCGGGCCGUCGCGCUCCAGUUGGCGGCGGAUAUGA